UCCACAUGUCGAAGUCAGGCCUCAUAGUGCCGUGAUGAUUUCAUCACUCGUGGUGGUGAAUAUUAUUUGGUGGAUGGUUAUGAUUGCAGCCAUUAGUUUGGGGGCUACACAUCUGAGCCGUUGUCCAGUGCAACCAAACAUCCCCAUUUACCUGAUAGUGCUGGGAGCAAGCCACCUCCUAUCUCUGUCUCUGACCUACACCUGGAACAGCUGGGGGGACGACAAGCCCUCCAUCAUGUGCUCGGCCUUCACGGCCGCCCUGCACCUCUUCACUUUCGUCUGGUUCUUUGUAGGCACUUCCUGGAUUUACCCUGUUUAUCCUCCCGACUACACACCCGGAACAUUGCGAUACUGCCACAAGACAACCUACCAGUUGGCCUUCGCUAUCACCACCUUGGUGUGGGUCGCCACCACCCUCAUGUUCAUCUGCAGUUGUUGCUUCGCUCUGCUGACCUGCUGUAAGAUGGUCAUGUCAGGACACAGACUGAUACCCAACCGCUAUUCUUUCUAUGGGGCCACAAGUGAUUCUCAUGAACCCGCUGGUGGUGAUGUGUGAUGCAUAUGUUUUUUCAUAUUUUCUAAUGCCUAAAUAAUGUAUUAUUAGUGUGCACUCCUCCUGUAAACAAUUGAAGAAAGUGGCCUUACUUCACUUGAGAUUUAAAUAACAUUUUUGCAACAUUUCAAGGGUUGUUUUCAAGGAGCUCUGUCCACCUUAAUUCAACAUUAUUAUUCAUCUACAUGGUGUGUGGUUACAUUUAGGAACAGCACUGUUUGAUCACAACAGGAAGCAGUUAACAUUUGAGCCGAUAGAAGAGAAGUUGUUAGAUAAUCUAGUGGCCGCAAAUAUUGAUUCAGCAUUGAAAUGGAGAAUAAAUUGUUUUUAAUACAGUGUUUUUAUAUUCUCCUCAUAUGUGUUUGUUUUUACAAACAUUCUCUGUGAUAAAGUUAUUACAAAUCCAGAUACAGAUCCUCUCUCACUGACCGUUGCUACCUUAGCCAUUAAACCUGAC